AAAUCGGGCCCAUCCAGGACUCGUGUGCGCUGUGCCAUCCUCCUCGCCACUUCACUCUCUCUAGUGUCUAGUGUAGCUUUGCAGUGGUGGUUGGUUGGUUCUGUGUCUUGAGCCGUGCUGAAGAUCUCGACGAGCAAAGGGGAGAAGAGAUGAAGGGGAUCCCUGUGGCUCUCCUGCUCCUCGCCCUGGUCGCCGCCUCCUCGCUCCAUGAUCUCGCCGCGGUUGCAGACAGCUCCGGCGCCGCCCCGGACGGUGUGUGCGACGGCAAGUGCCGGAGCCGGUGCUCGCUGAAGAAGGCCGGGCGGUGCAUGGGGCUCUGCAUGAUGUGCUGCGGCAAGUGCGGUAGCUGCGUGCCGUCGGGACCCUACGCCAGCAAGGACGAGUGCCCCUGCUAUAGGGACAUGAAGUCGCCCAAGAGCCAGCGCCCCAAGUGCCCCUAGGAACUUAGGAAGGAGCUCCCCUCACCGCCGUCGAUCUGUGGUUCUGUUCGUGUAUCCAGAGAAGUAGUGUGCUGCAAUAAACAAUGCUAGAUCUGUAGUGCUGUAUGUCCUGUGAGAUCUGAGGUCCCAGAGAUCCCAAGCACAAUCUAUCUCUUCUGUUCCCCGCGAAAUUGCCUGUCACAGAUCGAUGUCCAGGAUCGCCUGCCCGUGGGGCACCGUUUGGUCCCCGCGCUUGGCGGCGAUCCGCGGAGGGCACCGGCAGCACAACCGCGGGAGCAUGGGGGAAACUACGGGCCGGCCGUGCGGAUGGCACCGGGCCAAUCGUUCACGUGGGGUGGACCGUGCUGGACGGGACGUGUUCGUAGUUUGUGUGACACGCCCAGGUUAUUUGCGAACUAAACAAUGGAGCGAGCGGUCGCCAAGGAUUCCGCACCGCCGGUGUUGGCUGCUCCCUCCCGUACGGCCCCGAGCCGCAGCGCGGCGCCAUUCGCCACCUCCGCCUCCCCUAGCCGCCGCUGCGGGGUUCCUGCUCGUCCUUCCCUCCUCGAGGAUCCAAACCCUAACAAAGGGGCGCGAUCGAUGGGGAACGGAAGUGGGCGGCCUCUGGGCCAUCGCCUCGUCGCCGUGGCGCAGCUGUAGAACCGCAGGGACUACGCGUUGCGCCUCCGCAUGGUGCUGUGGCUGCGGUGCGGCUGGAGGACCACGGCGACGGGCCGUGACGACUCCCCCGCCUUGCCGUGACGUCUCCACUGGAACCUAAUGGUGGAGUUGAAAGAAGUGGUCGUUGGUGGUUCUUUGUUUUCACUGUCAUAUGCAAGGUUGGGUACUAUUUGGUUACCUCAUUUAUUUCAGCAUGUAAUCUUUUGUGUAAUGGGCCUUUCUAUUUGUUCUGGUUGCAUGAGGUGUUUUUUUUUUGCAUGCUAGAUUUAGGAGUCAUUACACUUCAACUUAGUUUCAUUUUUUCUUAGGAGGAUGAGUUUGAUUAGUUAGUACGAGGUCAAAAGUGAGUGUCGCUUCUGAUGUACAUGAACCGGUAACUGUGAUGCGUACAGGUAAGGCUUCUAAUAAGUCGGUUAUAACUUU